UUUCCCUCUUAUCUAUUUGAGCUACACUCGUGGAUUGUAUACACGGACAGAAUGGUACCCGGCGCUGUCUGGUAUAUGCUGUUGUGCCCGUGUAAUUGAAUCAUCCUUCAUUGUCUCCAUGUUGGACUACUACAGAAGGGAUUUUGGGGGCUGGAAAAGAGUGCAUAAGGAUCACUUUCUGGCUUAUAUUGAUUUGUCUUCAAUUAAUUUUCCAUAUAGUGAAUACGGUUCUUGGGGUAGAGAUAUGAAAUUACCAAUGCUUAAGCACCUGUUGCCUGGUAGUCUCACAUAGCCAUCCAAAACGCCUAGAAUGGGCCGCUUAAUUAAGCGGCUACAUUUUGAUUGGAUGUUAGAUUUCAAGAACCCUCCCCCAUAUGCCUGUAGAAAGGCGCUGCGUGUUUUAUGUUUUCCACUUUGGUAGGACACAUUUUGCAGAGAGUUGUUCCGUAUGCUAGUUUGCAACAUUGCAUAAAAUGGAAGAAACCCUAGAGAAGAAACUGAAUUACGUUUUGCUAGAAGUGUGCUCUAUACACACAAUCGAGCCGAUGAAGCCAUUACAACUUCUCUGCAUGAACACUCUACAAAAACAAAAGAAGAAUUUAUAAGUGGGCAUCUUUUUUUGAGCUCCGCCCAAGCAAGGCAUUUGAUUGGUUUGACAAGUGAGACGUCACUGUUUCCAACAAAUUUUUUGCUACUUUCUACCAUUUGACUUUCCGUCUAGGGAAGCCUAGUACUCCAUGAAGCUAUUUGCCCGAAAACAAGUGUGGUAUAAAUUGAACAGGUUCUAGCGUUUGUAAAAUAAAAAUGCUUUAUGUAUCCAUCUAGCUGGAAGCAAGCAUGAAUAUUAACCAAGAACCAAGCAAAAUUGACAAUAGUUUUAAAAUAGAUGUUCUACUUCUCUUUUGCCGGAGUUGAAUUGAAGCAUUUUGUUUGAAUCUGUGUCAUUUUAGAAUUAAUGCUGACCUUGAAAUCAGCGUUUGGAACUGAAGCACCCCCUGGCACUGAGGAAUCUCCUAUGUCUUUAUUGAGCAAUGCCCUGCCCACGUUGUAAGGUGCUGCUAACAUUGUUGUCUCACCCUACAACAGGAAUUCGGGGUGACUGGGAAAUAUCUAAUGGCCGCAAACUAAGCUGUAUAUGUCAUAAAAGCCAGUUCAUUCAUAAAGGCCGGCCACUUAGCCAUGCUAUGCCCAAGGGAAUGCUCACAUAUAGAUGUAGAAGGGCAUCAGUUUUCAGUGUAGUGCUGUAUUGGCAGCGCACACACAGCCACCAUAGUAUUACUGGAGUUCGUGACACCCCACUCACUUGUUGUGGUACAUCUAGUGGUGGGUCUCGGUUAUGGCAGCAGUUGGUUCCUACUUGUUAAGCCUGUCAUCAUGGUACAACGCUGCUGACUAAGACACAACUGGCAUGUUGAGGUGCCCAGAGGAGCGUCUCAGCAAACCCAACCCGUAUCGGAUCAGAGAGAAACUUGGGAUUGUCUGUAACUGUCAAAUAAAGCUGACCUAAAAGACUGUGUCUGUAGAUAUGAAUUGUGCCACUAAGACUGAUAGAAAUAGCUUGCUAUUUACAAUGAGACUCAGCAGGUGAUUUAAUACUAGUGCGCGACUGGAACAUUUAUCAUAUACACUACCGUUCAAAAGUUUGGGGUCACUUAGAAAUGUCCUUGUUUUCCAUGAAAACAUACAUUAAAUGAGUUGCAAAAUGAGUAGGAAAUAUAGUCAGGACGUUGACAAGGUUAUAAAUAAUGAUUUUUUUUAUUGAAAUAAUAAUUGUCCUUCAUAAUUGUCCAUUUGCAGCAAUUAUGGUCUUACAGACCUUUGGCACUCUAGUUGUCAAUUCGUUGAGGAUAUCUGAAGAGAUUUCACCCCAUGCUUCCUGAAGCACCUCCCACAAGUUGGAUUGGCUUGAUGGGCACUUCCUAUGUACCAUACGGUCAAGCUGCUCCCACAACAGCUCAAUAGGGUUGAGAUCCGGUGACUGGCCACUCCAUUAUAGACAGCAUACCAGCAGACUGAUUCUUCCCUAAAUAGUUUGUGCAUAGUUUGGAGCUGUGCUUUGGGUCAUUGUCCUGUUGUAGGAGGAAAUUGGCUUCAAUUAAGCGCCGUCCACAGUGUAUAGCGUUGCAAAAUGGAGUGAUAGUCUUCCUACUUCAAGAUCCCUUCUACCCUGUACAAAUCUCCCACUUUAGCAUCACCAAAGCACCCCCAGACCAUCACAUUGCCUCCACCAUGCUUGACAGAUGGCGUCAAGCAUCUUUUCAUUUUUUAGGAUCAGAAUACCUCAAAUUUAGAUUUGUCUGUCCAUAACACUUUUUUUCCCAAUAUUCCUUUGUCCAGUGUCUGUUCUUUUGCCCAUCUUAAUCUUUUCUUUUUAUUGGCCAGUCUGAGAUAUGCCUUUUUCUUUGCAACUCUGCCUGGAAGUCCAGCAUCCCGGAGUUGCCUCUUCACUGUUGAUAUUGAGACGGGUGUUUUGCGGGUACUAUUUAAUGAAGCUGCCAGUUGAGUACUUGUGAGGCGUGUGUUUCUCAGACUAGACACUCUAAUGUACUUGUCCUCUUGCUCAGUUGUGCACCGGGGCCUCCCACUCCUCUUUCUAUUCUGGUUAGAGCCAGUUUGCGCUGUUCUGUGAAGGGAGUAGUACACCGCGUUGUACGAGAUUUUCAGAUUCUUGGCAAUUUCUCGCAUGGAAUAGCCUUCAUUUCACAGAAAAAGAAUAGACUGACGGUGUACUACUGAGCAAGAGGACAAGUAGAUUAGUGUCUAGUCUGAGAAACACACGCCUCACAAGUCCUCAACUGGCACUUUUUGAAGAAAGUGCUUUGUUUCUGGCCAUUUUGAGCCUGUAAUCGAACCCACAAAUGCUGAUACUUAACUGGUUUAAAGAAGGUCAGUUGUAUUGCUUCUUUAAUCAGUACAACAGUUUUCAGCUGUGCUAACAUUGCAAAAGGGUUUUCUAAUGAUCAAUUAGCCUUUUUAAAAUGAUAAACUUGGAUUAGCUAACACAACGUGCCAUUGGAACAUAGGAGUGAGGAUUGCUGAUAAUGGGCCCCUGUACGCCUAUGUAGAUAUUUCAUUAAAAAUGAUCCAUUUCCAGCUACAAUAGUCAUUUACAACAUUAACAAUGUCUACACUGUUUUUCUGAUAAAUGUUAUGUUAAUAGACAAAAAAUGUGCUUUUCUUUCAAAAACAAGGACAUUUCUAAGUGACCCCGAACUUUUGAACGGUAGUGUAUAUAGAAUUAAACAUAAAAAAAUGAUAUGGCGUUUAAACGCUAAACAGAGAACAGGAUCAAGCAUUGUGCACAGAGCAGCACCGGGGGAAAGGUUAAUUCUGUGAAGUCCCGCCCUCAUUACAGCUCACACUUAAGUCCACCUCAUGCUGUUGUGUCCACGUUACGAUUAAUGGAUAUCAGUCCAGUGAUUAGUGUGUUAACGAGGUGUCACAUGACACAAUGAAAGAGCUUAGAGUGGGGAUCCGAGAGGUAUGCUGCUACUGUAGCUCAAGGUUGGCCACCAGUAUCAAACUACACUAGGUGGGCGGUAGCUUGGGACGGCUAUGCUAUGGCCAGCGCUCGAAAGAAAUCGGGUAAGAAUCAAUCGGGGACAGGUGAAUCGAUUCUAAAGGCAGCAAAGGACCAUAACAGCAGAUUUGAUGCUGAUGAGAUUAAGAGGCUAGGAAAGAGAUUUAAGAAACUCGACCUAGAUAACUCUGGCUCCUUGAGCGUGGAAGAGUUUAUGUCCUUACCGGAACUCCAACAGAAUCCCCUUGUACAGCGAGUUAUCGAUAUAUUUGACACAGAUGGCAAUGGGGAAGUCGACUUCAAAGAAUUCAUUGAGGGUGUCUCCCAGUUCAGUGUCAAAGGUGAUAAAGAGAUGAAAUUGCGCUUUGCCUUCAGGAUCUAUGACAUGGACAAGGACGGCUACAUAUCCAAUGGCGAACUCUUCCAGGUCCUCAAGAUGAUGGUGGGAAACAACUUAAAGGACACCCAGCUCCAGCAGAUUGUUGACAAAACCAUCAUCAACGCAGACAAAGACGGCGAUGGGAGAAUAUCUUUCGAGGAGUUUUGUGCGGUGGUGGGAGGAUUAGACAUACACAAAAAGAUGGUUGUGGACGUGUGACUGACCUCACCUCAAAACACCUUUUCGCUUUCUUCUCCAUUUCUGAGGAUCUGCUCGAGGUGUCAUCCAGCAACGCUCUCUGUGUAUUUUUCAAUGGAAGUAUUUUCCUCUGUGAAGCCACCUUUUUUUUUUUCAACCCGAGCCUUCUGAAGCCAACCAUUUGUAAGUGUUAUUGAACAUGAAUUCUCUCAAUAACCCGGUGUAGCACUUUAAAAGCCUGAAGGACAGAUUUUUAUCGUUGAGUGAGUGUUUCAGUUUGGUGGAGGAAGGUUAGUGUGUUUCUUUUUCUUUCAUUUUGAGGCAGUUGGGAUUUUGUCAUAUUUAUUUUGGUCUUGGCUUUUUGGGGGGGAUGCGUGUAGUUAACUGUGAUGUACUUGAUUUCAACACAACACAAAAAUAGAGCAUGAAGUGCCAAUCAGAACAUAUGAUAAACCGGUUGAAUAUAAUGGUAUAUAUAUCGUCUAUCGAAAUUCGGUAGAAUUGCUUAUUUCAAUGUGCCCAAUGCACGAUUCAAACAAUCCAAUUUACAUUUUCAAGGCUAAUGCUUUUCCUUCUACUUUCACUCAAUAUUUUGAACAGCUAGGUUUAAGAUAGCUUUUUUUAAUAAGGGGGGUUGUGCACUAUACAUGUUUAUAUUGUCAGGGACAUCGAUCAUCUUGCUUUUGAAGAUGCAGUGGGUUAGAGGAAAUAAUAUUUACAUUUAUGCACAUACAAGCUUACGGUCUACUUCAAGGACAAGUCUUUUUUGAGUCACUGGUUGGUUCCGCGAAUAAUAAUCACCGUAGUCUCUUAUUCCAACAAAAAGCACGUCUUCAUUCUGGAUGGUAGGACAUCACAGGCCGUUAGAAUAAUGUGUUUUGUAUUUAUUGCUUUAACGUCGGCCAUGUCAAGUUACAGAUGUGGAUUGGUUACAGACUAUCAUAUAGAAGUAGAGAUGAGUGCUUUUGGUUUAAAUGUUUGUGAUAUGAUAAAUGUUUCAUAUAACUACAGGCAGAGCUGAGGUAACUUACAGUAAGUAGGCUAUAGUUGGGACAUUGAGGGAUGUUAAGUUGGUUAGGCUUAUGAGAGGCGUUGAUUUCAACGUACACAUUUUGCCUUCUCGACAAUGUAAUUUGCUUAUUUCAUGAACCUCUUUAAUUCGGUUUCUCAAACAUUGUAUGGACUCUUGCUGUGAGUUUUCGUAAUAGUGCAAGGUCACAGGUGUGCUGUCCCUCUUCCUCCCUACCUCUGACCAUUCUUUUUUUUUUUUUUUUGAGUUUUGUUGAAGAUGCAACCAACAAGGGCAUUUUAUUACAAAGCUACCAAUGUUUUUUUACACAGAGAUAAGGGACACGACAGAACAGGUUUUUAUUUGUAUCUAUACAUUUUAUUAAAUUAAACGUAUUUCAGUUUGAGGCUCUGCUUUUUUUGCUCAACUGAAUGCACCAACGGGCGGGUGAUCCUGUGCCGCACGCGCCCGCCAACCUCGUGCCGCACGACGAUGGUUCUUAUCAGAUCCUAAAAGGCCCUGAAGUCUUGUGAUGUGCUCGCAUGACACGGAGGGCUCUCUCUCUUGUUUUCCUUGUGCAUGUAGAUCCAUUUUUUUGAAAAGCUCUGUUUACAUAUGAAUCUUAAUGUUAAUAUAUUAUAACAUGAAUGAAAAUGACAUAUAUAUGGAUGUUGCCAAAAAAAAAAGAUUGGUAAAUGUUGAAUUAAUAUGGAAAUGACUAAAAGUAACUCCACUACAUGUACCUGUUAUUCUAAACAACUAUAAUCUUUUGGAUAUUUCUGUCACUUCUAUUCCAGCAAAGCUUCACUUAUGCCCCAGAGUAGACUACCAGCUCCGUUUCAGGUGGAAACCAUUCAAGAUAUUAGUUUUUCUGUAAUUUGUAGGUUUUUUUUAACAUAUAUUUGUUAUACACACGGUAGUAUUAGUGCUCCCUCCUUUUUUUUCUCUUUUUUUUUUAGGUUUGUGCUAAAUAUGUCCCCACUAUUGGAUGAAAGGGAUCUCUGUGUGUGUGUGUGUUUUAUUAUAGGGUGGAGGCAAAAACGGUUUCAGUCUUAGGUUUUACUUUUCUUCUUAUCCAUCUCUGCAUGCUGCAUCUGCUGUGGGAACCAUUGAAACUUCAUAUAUGAAAAAGAGAAAUAAAAGAUUUGAAAGUU